AUGUGUGUACCUCGAGAAACUCCAGCCUCUGAUGUAAUUGACGGUAAGCUUUAUGUGAUGGGAGGAAGCCACGAGUAUGAUAUGAUUAAGCAAUGGGGUGAGGUUUACGACCCAAAGACACAAACAUGGGAGACAUUUUCUAUAUUUUCUCCCGCAGAAAGAUAUUUCACCACUCAAAAGAGGGUGGUUCCAGGUAGAUUGGUAAUGGAUGGAAAAGUUUAUGACAAUAAUGGGUUAAAGCUAAUUAACUAUCAGAAGCAUAUUUGCUUGGUAGAGAUAGACAAGAACGUGUUUUGCCAAAUAACUGUUUUAUGUGGUAGCCUAUAUUGGCGUGAUGCAAAUAAAGAUUUGGUGUGGAGGGGACUUGAACAACUGUCCCCUAAUUCAAAUUUUCCUAAGCAUCUUGUUUCGGUAGCAAAAUCGUGCGGAGAAAGAAGAGUGACAGUUUGGUGGAAAGAGGUGAAGUUUUGCCGUGAAGGUCGCCGUAAUAAUAAGAAAUGUCAAACGGAGAUUUGGUGUGCAGAGAUUUCAUAA